GUUCGCGUUCCGUCUGUUCGACUUCCGGGCAGAAAUAUUGUGCAUGAAGUGAAAUCUGACUGCUAAUUCAUUUGGACGAACUUCUCGGCCAACUUAAUCGUGUAAAAUGUCGCGAGGAUCGAGUGCAGGGUUCGAUCGACACAUUACCAUCUUCUCUCCUGAAGGCAGGCUCUACCAAGUCGAAUAUGCUUUCAAGGCCAUUAACCAAGGAGGACUCACAUCGGUAGCCGUCAGGGGGAAGGACUGUGCAGUUGUCGUAACACAGAAAAAAGUACCGGACAAGCUCCUGGAUGCCUCUACAGUGACCCACCUUUUCAGAAUAACAGAUAAUAUUGGAUGUGUAAUGUCUGGGAUGACGGCCGACAGCAGGUCUCAAGUCCAGCGAGCUCGCUACGAGGCGGCCAACUGGCAGUACAAGUACGGUUAUGAGAUUCCAGUGGACAUGCUCUGUAAGAGAAUUGCCGACAUCUCGCAAGUCUACACGCAGAACGCUGAGAUGCGACCGCUGGGCUGCUGUAUGAUCGUGAUCGGCAUAGACGAGGAGUACGGCCCCCAGGUGUACAAAUGCGACCCAGCAGGCUACUACUGCGGCUUCAAGGCCACGGCCGCUGGAGUGAAGCAGACAGAAGCCACCAGCUUCCUGGAGAAGAAAGUGAAAAAGAAACUGGACUGGACCUUUGAACAGACUAUUGAGACAGCAAUCUCCUGUCUGUCAACCGUUCUUUCCAUUGACUUCAAACCCUCUGAGCUGGAGGUGGGCGUUGUCACAACACAGGACGCCAAGUUCAGGAUUUUGACAGAGGCCGAAGUAGACGUCCACCUGAUGUCCCUGGCAGAGCGGGACUGAGCGAGCAGAGAAAUGUCACCCGUUGGAGUUAGAGCAUGAUGGGAUACGCAGUUCCCAGAUGGAGGCUGGUGUUUAAUCUUUGUUUGCUGUACAUUUACCCCCCCCACUGUUUCAUUCAACAAUAAAAACAAGUUUUUGGAGUAAA